AUGAAUAUUUUACAACUUAAAGAAUUAACAGAUGAGCUGAUGAAUUUCAGUCUUAAUAAUUUUAAUAAUUUUAUUGAAAUUGCAUUAAAUAAAGAUCUAUGUGAACUUUUUCAAGCGCAAGCAAUUCGAGAAAUGUCAUCGUUAUCAUCUUUAACAAUAGAUCAAUUGACACAUGUACUCACUUUCGAAAUCGAUGAAUUAAAAGGUUUAAAAAAAUCACUGGGUUUCACGACAAGUGAUGGAAAUUUUCAUCUUCGACUUGGUCAUCAAAAAUUAUUAGAACACUUAUUAUUUUUAGUACAAAGCAAAAAACAUUUUGUCUGUCAAGAAUCGUGA